AUGCGGCCCAUCAUGGCUGCUCCGCACCAUCGCGAGCUCAUCGUUGGCGGCGAGACUGCGCCAGCGUUCGCGUUUCCUUUUGUGCUCUCCCUCCUCGAUGACCACUACCUCAGCUGUGGCGCCUCGCUGAUCUCAAUGCGGCAUCAGCUCAGCGACGCGGACGAGCACGAGUGCGCCGAGCACAUUGAGGUCGAGGCAGCACACUGCCAUCCAGGAUAUUCUGAUGACCACAUGCAGAACGACAUCUGCCUGCUCCAGCUUGCACGGACACCACACUGCUCGGAUCGAAUACCCACGGUGGCGCUCGACGACGGCAGCUACUCAGAGCCAGGGGCGUAUGCCACCGUCGCCGGCUGGGGCACCACCGAAGCCGACGACGAGCCUUGGGACCUGCUUGGGUGGUUUACGUAUGACUACGCCGGCUCCUCCCACUCAGACCAACUGCAGCACGUGGAAGUGGAGGUGAUUGAUCGGAUCACCUGCGCGGCACAACUGGAAUCCAAGGUCGCGUUUUCCGUCACCAGCACUAUGCUCUGUGCGGGUGCCCGCAGCGGUGGGAAAGACUCGUGUCAGGGUGACUCGGGCGGCGCACUCUUCAUCCCGGCCGGCCCCAACCAGCUGCGGCCGAUCCAGAUUGGGAUCGUGUCUUGGGGGGUGGGGUGCGGCGCUCCCCGGUCCCCGGGCGUCUACACUCGCGUCUCGGCCUACACAGACUGGAUCGGCGGCAUCAUUGAGCUCCCGCCGCCGAUGCCGCCUUCGCCACCAGCUCCGCCGCCCAAGCCGCCGUUGCCACCGUUGCCGCCUUUGCCGCCGUCGCCACCGGCAGCUCCGCCGCCGCGGCCGCCGCGGCCGCCCUCGCCGCCCUCGCCGCCGACGCCACCGAUUGCGCCUCAGGCACUCGCGUGCACCUGCGCGCCAGACGGUGUGAGCGGCGGCGCUCACACCGGCAUUGCGGGCUGCGACGACCACCAUAACGAGCAAGGCGGAGCGUGGUGCUACGUCGUUGAGCCAGCGGAGUGUGCGGAGGCCGAGCCAUCGCAGCGAUUUGGUGGAGCUGGCUUCGUCGAGUGCACGAUCUCGUGCAGCGCAAACGAGCGGCGGUGGGCUGGCGAGUGGGCGCAUGAUACUGGAGACGAUCCAAACUCGGUAGCCGUCUUUGCAACCAGCCAGCUGCUUGUCACCAACCCCGUCCGCCACUGGAGUCCAGCCGUGGGGACGGUGGCCCUGACCCAGCCGCCCGCCGGGCUUGCCUCGCUCGCCGCGGCGCUGGUCGAUGCGGGCGGCGAGCUGGUGCCUCCUCAGCCGCCAGAUUUGAGCCGGUUCCCGCUGCUCGUCCCGCUCACGCAGAGCGCGGACGGCGCGGUGACCGGGCUGCUGCGCUGGGCGACGUCGGGCGGCGCCGCGUCCGAGCUUCCCGUCGUGCGUGCAGAUCCCGACAGCAGGCAGCUGACCUGGCUCGCCGCGUCGGCCGAGAAGUUCCUCGAGCGUGAGGGCGAGCUCGCCGAGGCGGCGGCUGAGGUUGCGGCCGGCGGCGCCGCCACGCCGCCGAGCCGCGGCGGCGUCGAGGGCCGCGUGAUCAUGAAGGUUGGCCCCUUCAUGGCCGAGUACGAGACGCUUGCCAGGGGCCACGUCGCGUCGGGCUCGUCCGAGAGCGCGCUCAUCACGUGCGAGCGGAACCAGCGCUGCUUCGAGCAGUGGGGCCGCCCGUUUGCCUUCCACGCGAGGCUGCUCCGCUCCCUCGACCGGUCGGAGGAGGCGCGCGACGUGGCGCGCCACGCCCUCUCGCUGCCGCUCUGGACGCUCGGCGACUCGCUCGACGAGGUGUGCAAGAUCGCGGGCUCGUCGACCGAGGAGCUCGCCGCGUCGCUCGCGAUCCGCGCGCGGGGCGAGCUCACGCCCGAGCAGCGCGCGCGCGACAACGGCAUGGACACCCGCACCCCGCGCGAGAUUGCGCUCGAGCGCGCGGCCUGUCUGCUCGACAUCGCAACGCUGCCCGGUUCGGAGAAGACGUGGGAGAGCGUGCGGCCCGAGCUCGCCGAGCGGUACAGCGAGGCGGGCAUGUCGGACUUCUCGGCCUUCGUCUCGCCCGACGAGACGUUUGGCUGA